UAUGAUACUUUCUUUUUUGCGAGAUAUGGUUUCACUACUAUUUACUUUGCAAACAGCGUUUCUGUGCCACGUCGUCAAAUCUUAUUUGCACUUCUUCCUUCAACAUGCAAAGUUGUGUACAAUAUGCAAACAGAAUACCCCAUUACACCUGCACAGCUCGUCCCGCAGGUUCCCUUACUUUACCAGCUCACCUGCUCACAUCUCGAGCAAGCGAGAUAGGCUGCAGCAGAGCAGCUUUAUCUGGUUUUUAAGGCGAGAUAAUUAAAUGGAUUCCUGACAUUCUUCAGCUUCACUUAAUAUAGAAUAAUGAUUAACACAGCUUGGGAGAGCAGAGCCUGGCAGGCAGACAUGCAGCUCGUGGGGAAGCUGGCAUUUUCUGUUUCUGCGUUAUUUGUAUUGGCAUUGGCGUACAGAUUCUAUAAGUCACGAACACCUGAGAGAGCCAGCAUAUCGAGGGAAGAUGCUACUGUUCUCACAGGAGAAGAAGCUAGGACUUCUGAGGUUCCUCGGCGAAGUUACGAGGAGGAUGAAACCACUGGACUGCGGCUCAGACGGUCAUACAACAACCUGCAGGACAGCAAAGUCUCCGAUCUGGACAACACACACCUGUCCGAUAAACCUUUAAAUACACAGCGGCUUCUCCUUACAGCUCAAAAAGGAUUACAAAGAGUAGAAUGGGAGACAGGAGAAAAUAAAACCAGAACUGCAACCUGUGAAAAUCAGACGGAUGCAAAGAGUGCAGUAGUACGAGAAAGAGGCAGCCUUCCAGAUCCGGAACAGUGUCAGAACCAGGACUCUCUGCAAGAACAAACUAGAAAAGUAGACAGUUGUGAUGGAAAAUCCACUGAGAGUCCCGGUCAGAAUUACCGUCAGGAUCCAGAAGGAAUAGAAAUGAAUGUAAAUUUGGAUUCGGGGAAUGAAAUUGGUGGCUCAGCAAGAGCCAUCCAAAACAUAGAGACACUGUGUGACAUUAAUGUGACAACCAGUCAAGACCAUCAGAUCAUCCACGAACAGCACAGGUUCUCAUCCACAGCUCAAGUUCAAAUAGAGGAGAAUAUCAUCCAAGAGACAUCGGUUGAAGACACCUCUCCAGCUCACAAUCAAACACCAGGAUGCCUGCGAGGAAAGGUCUACAAUUAUCAUGUAGAGUCCACUUCACAAACAUUAAGAGAAAGAAAUGUUAAUGCUGGGGCCAGCCCCUCUGACCAAUCUCUCGCUCAUCUUAAGGCAGACCUGGAACCUUAUGAUGAGAAAGAAAGUGUGAUAAAUCAUCCUGAUCAAACCGACAACAUUGAGGCAGAUAAUUUAGGAUUAUUCCAUUCACAAGGCCAACCAAAGGAUUCUAGUAACAAUGAAGAUGAUAUUCCAAGUCUGGAGACUAGGUCUGAGAGUGGGGAAUAUAAAGGUUCUGUGAUACCUUCCUCAAACCAAGCCGUAAGUAGAGAUAUACAGUUUGAUUCCAGUGCUGCUACAUUUCAUGUCUCUCUGAAUCCAGAAUCCACCUUUGAUAUCCAUCUUGAGUUGGGGAACUGCUACGAGGUGUUGUCCUUAGCCAAGAAGCACAACCUUGAUGACAUUAAGGUGGCUGCCUACAAGGUCAUGAGCAUCAACUACCUGCAGGUAUUACAAAACCCUUCUGUGUACGGGCGCCUGAAUGCCACAGAGAGAGACUUGAUUCUAGACAUUCGAAUGAAGGGCAGGAGAUAUGUUGUGGUUGCUGACAUUGACACCCCGGGUUAUUCUGAUUCUCAAAACCACAGUAGUCUGAAAUACUAUGACAACAUAAAAAACGUGUGGCACGUACUGUCUGACAUCCCAAAGGAGGCUGUGUGCAGGGGAUGCUCUGUUGCUACCAUGUUCAAUUAUAUUUUUGUCGCCCUUGGAUCUGAAAGUCCUGAGAGACAAAUGAAACCAUCGAAACGCGUUGUUUGCUACAACCCACUCACAAACAACUGGCGAGAAAUCUGUCCUCUAAAAGAGGCUAGGCCUCACUGCAAACUGGUGGCACUCGAUGGGUAUUUAUAUGCCAUUGGAGGGGAGUGUCUUCACACCGUCGAACGCUAUGACCCACGCCAAAACAGGUGGUCUUACGUUGCUCCUCUUCCCAAUGACACUUUUGCUGUAGCCCACAUGGCAGCAGCCUACGAUGAUGAGAUUUACGUUACUGGUGGGACUAUUCGGUACAUGCUUUUGAGAUACCGUCCCAAGGAAAAUGUCUGGAAAAACAGCAUUAUAAGUGGAAGUAAAGACAGAACCACAGACAUGGUGGCUGCUAAUAAUUUCUUGUAUCGAUUUGAUCUGAACCGUAGCAUGGGGAUUAGUGUUCACCGCUGUAACAUCAGAGCCAGGAUUUGGUAUGAAUGUGCCAAUUACCCAAUGCCGUACCCAACGCCUUUCCAAUGUGCCGUCAUUGACAACAAUAUCUUCUGCAUCAGCAGAAAUUUCCACCUGCGUUUCCUGACAGACGACAUCUCGCCCAGGUUUGUGGAUGGGGAUCUUACAACUUUACCCCAGCCAAAAGGUGUGCUUUACCCCUUGGUCCUUCAUCUCCCAGUAACGACAUCCUACUGACCAUUAUUAAAGUAUACAAGCAACUUCAAAACAUUAUAUUAAUGAACAGAGCAAAAAAGAAUAUUCUUAACAUUUGCAAUGUUUAAGCUAAAAUAUAAAAAAAAAAAAGGUUAAAUAUAUUUUCCAACAUGUACUCCUACUCCAACUUGUUAAUCACUGGUUAUAGUGUCUCUUGUUCUCUUUUAGUAACUGGUGCUGGACUCAUUGAAUUUUAGCUUGGCCUGCCUUCCUCUUAUGACUGUAAUAUAUAGUUUUACAUGACAGCAAGGUUGUAUUAAUGGCUAAAAAUAAGUUAUACAUGAACCAAACUAAGAUCAAAGAAACCUGAUUGUUCUUUGACUACAAUACCCAGAAUCCUCUGACAUCAAUAACUGAUGCAGCAUGGAAAUCAUGUUUUAUGCUCUGUUGAUUAAUGUGAAUUUGUUUUAUUUUUAUAGAUGUAACAAUUAUUUAUACUCACUGUACAUUUUUAGACAGCAGCCAACAACUGGGUUUAGAGAGAGUUUUCUGAGUCCCGCGCUAGUUAUACAGAUGUACAUAACAUAUAAAAUUGAGCUAUGUGGCUCGAUACCAAAACAAGAUCAUGCAUUCUAAAUAGGGGCCUCUCUGCUUCUGCACAAAAUUUUCGAAAUAUAUAUUCUGCAUUCAUAAAGACUCAAUGAACGCUCUAAAUCUUCAGUAGCCGAGCAAAAAUCCCAAAUUCAGAGUAAUUGCUGCACAUUACUCCAGUAAUUCACUGAUAUGACUUUCUAACUGUUAAACACAUGAUCUUUAGAUUUUGCCUCAAAAGGUAUAAUUCAUGCUUUGCAUGUAAAUGAACCCAGUAUCAGGAGAAUAUUAUCCAGAAAAGGCUUCAUGCGGAAUAUAGCUAGCAAUGGCUUUAUACUCACUAAACAGUGAGUUGAGUUGGCAGCUGACUUGCAAUAUUUGGACUAGAUAAUUGUGUUACAAAAUAACCCAAAGCCCAGUUCCCUUUAAUAUUAUUUCUAUAACUGCGAGCUGUUAACAGACGACAAACCACUGUUCAGUGAAUAGAGCCUCAGAGAGCCCACAGCUUUCUAACAAGAUUAUCUAAAGAUAUGCAAUCAAUAAUCAAUAAAAUAAAAGUUUGAAUUGAAACACUCAAAUUAAUUUAAUUUAUCUAAACAUUGAAAUGUGGCAAAUUAACUAAACUGUGAAAUUCAGGCUAAAAUAGCCACGCGGAGACUAUUUCUGCAAAGGAGAAUUUUUCCAAAUUGGCUAUUCUGGCCUGUAUUUUAAAAUGCAGUUUUUAAUUAGGAAAUAAAGUGCUGAGUGUCUGCACACAGAUUCAGUGAUAGCAGCCACCUGCAGUGUUAGUAUCCCUAAAUAUACACAUUGAGCUACUCUGGCCUUAAACCGGAAAUUCACUUCAAAUUAUUAUUAUUAUUGCCAUUUAUAUAGCGCCAACAGAUUCCGUAGUGCUUUACAAUAUUAUAAGAGGGGGGAUUUCACUAUAAAUUGAUCAAUUACAAGAAAAAAAAUCCAGGAAUGAUAAGGUUGAAGAGGACCCUGCUCAAACGAGCUUACAGUCUGUAGGAAUUUUCACUCUAGUGAAUAACUGUGAAUCUGGAUAACCUAUGGGGCACUCUUGUGUGCAAAUGGGAACUAAAUAAAGGAGGGGGAUUUACCCAAAUUGGACAAAUUUAAGCCAUAAAAUUACCAAUCCUGGGGUAGAAUACUGAAUUUGGAGAAUGUCCUUAUAUUCUAAUGGCAUAUACCUUGUGCUAAACCAUGAGUUCUCUUACUGAUAUAUCUCUCAGACUCCUCCCCCUAGUUCUAAACAUGUGGCUGAGCAUUAUGAGAGUGGCCAUGCAGCAAUAAUUGGCACGUUGUCUUUUGUCUAUCCCUGCAGUCCGCGAGCAUCUUUGCACCAGGAUGAUAAAUAUGGCUUUAUGAGUGUGAGUGACAGAUAUCUGUCCUGUCACUGAGCUGGUUUAGAGAUACUGCUAGAUUUAUCAAGUUAAUACGGGCUGUUCUGGGUGCAAAGUGCUAAAUGUCGAGACAUUCCUUGGUAAUUUCUCCUUACGUAGCGAUUUGCCCCAGAAUUGCACCUAUUUUGGCCUUGAUAAAUCUGCCCAAUAGUUUAUGAUUUAAAGCUCAGGAAACCUUCUGAAGUCCCAGUCCGUUUUAUGAUGUCAUUGAUUCAGACGCCAAGUGCCAAGGGCACAGUAAACGUCCGCACUUUGUAUAGUUAGAUUGUAACCUUUACUUCGCUCAGUUUAUUGGUCCAUUAACGAGUUACUAUCUCAUCACAUGUGGCAAAGCUGCUAAUUAAACGGUUAUAUAGUAUACCGUGUCUGCACCACCAACAGGAUUAUGGGCGAUGUAGUUUAACUGCUCUGGUAAACAGACAGUAACUAUUAACCCUUUACACGCAGCGUGUCCUGUCCACCAUUCUAACAAUGGGGUUUACAUACCAAACAAUGGUUUGAGAUGUUUUCGAAAGGAAUUAUAAAAUUGAAACUUUAAACUCAGCAGUUUUUACAAGUCGAAUAUGUUGGUCUAAUCCAGGAGUCCUUAAACGGUGGCCCUCCAGGUGUUGCUGAACUACAACUCCUAUGAUUCUUUAAAUUACACAGAUAGCCAGAGAAUCAUGGGAGUUGUAGUUCAGCAACAUCUGGGGGGCCGGAGUUUGAGGACCCGUGCUCUAAUCUUUUUACGUUCUUUUUUCGACUGCCAAGAAACCCAUUAUUCUGAACACUUACCUAUCCUGAGGCAUGUUGGGUGUGCUCAGGCACAAUCUAAUUGGCCAAUUUGUCCCUGCUGUCAUCCAUUUAGAUAGAUACCUACCUGCGCAUGUUAAUCAGUUUUUAAUUGCUUGUUAUCUGCUGAAUGAUAAAGAGAAUAUUGCUGGGUACACCUGCUAUCACAGAGUAAUAAACUGCAUCAUAUUCUUUAAAGGGACGCCCUCAGCACCAAAGCAACUACAGAUCUUUGUCCCUAUCCCACCCUUUUUAAAUUAAUGGUAUCGAUUGGCUGUGUAUCCCAGCUAAUCAAUGCUGUCCAAGUAUGGAAAAAGUGGAUCUUGCUAACACAAAUGUAAAUUCUGAAUUAGCAAUACGGCAAGCAAGGGACAGGACUUAAACAUGGUUUGACACAGAGCCAAGGGCUAGGAGCCUGCUAGCACUGAACCAACUACCAUGGGCUGCAGUGGUUAUAGUGCUUGAAUGUCCCUUUAACCCCUUAAGGACACAUGACAUGUGUGACAUGUCAUGAUUCCCUUUUAUUCCAGAAGUUUGGUCCUUAAAUAACAAAAGGCUGUUAAUUAAAACAAAACAAUUUUAGUUUUUGGGUGGAUUAAAAUACUUGUUCUGUGAGAUUUUGCUAUUUAUAUAUGAUUGCCUUUUACCUGUGACUGCACACCGUAAUAACGUUCCAGAGAAGGUUGUGUACAUUUCAUGUGCCUGUACACACAGGGGCGAGAGUAAAUGGCACCAAUUCUAGGCCUGAACCUUAAAAUCUACUAAUUAACAUGUUUUCUCUGUGACUGUACAGGCAGCUAAGCACAAUGAGCCCGUAAAGCUUGUCAUUUAGAGAUAAAUGGUCUGUAAUUGAGGUAACCUGACAAUUAGGAGAUGUGUGAAAUGUGUGAAAAUGAAAGGGAGAUCUCUCUUGGAAGAGCUCGAUGGAUUCCGGCUGUGCUGCCGGCAGAUUCAGGGAAAGGGACAGGGAGCCCAUAGGUAAUGAAUCCUGCCUGUAAUGAUAAAAUAUAGCAAUGCUCAGAAAAUACAUAAAUCAUGCAGGGCAGACUGUUGUGUGUGUCUUGAUCAGAACUGCUGUGAAUCGUUACACCAUGAAAAGCAGACUUUAAAACAUAGCCCAAAUUAAUCAGGACAGAUAUCAGCACCUCACAGCUCACUUAUUAAUGAAUAAAAACUUAAAUCAUACCAUUCUUCCUGAAGGGGUUAAUAUUUCAACUGCUACUAUCUCUUUAACUCCGGAUGUAUGAGAACUCAUGGGAAGGGAAAAAUUGGGGUAAAAAAAGAAUUAUAAAAACAGAAAAUGUUGUUUUCCAGAUAAGAAUAUUAAUAUGGAGGUUUUCCUCGCCUGCGCAAAGUGUUCACAUUACAAAUUAUUGUAUUAAUUCCAACAUUUACGAAGCGAGUUUCCCUGAUAAUGUAGAAAACAGAACAAUUUAAUGUACAGUUUUGUGACUUAAUACGAGCCGCAGGAUUUUAAACGAUGAUAUUUGCAGUUUUACAGAGGCAUUAUUUUUUCGAUUCACGUGAUCCGCAGGAUGUAAACAUUAUUUGAAAAUAAGCGUUUGGUGAUUGUAGGCCGCAAAGGCUAUUAGCAAAAGGUUCCUGUAAGCGACAGAUGUUAAACAAAAUUCACGCAAAUGCAGCAUAAUCUUACAAAUCAUUCUCUUUGAGGGGGAAUAAUGUGUGACAACAUAUUGAGCUACAAUGUAAUUUUCUUAAAGCACAGCUGAAAUCCGCAUUAUUUUAAAUGAAUUUUAUUUUUUUUAAAUAAUGUAAUUUUAUUUUAUUGAGAUUAAUAUAUAUUAAAAAAAUUAAAUAUAUUUAUAAACGUGAUAAA